AUGGCUGACUACUUAGAUCAGCUAUUUAACAGUGACUCGGAUGAGUCUGAGUUUUCUGGUUUCUCAGAGUUUGACUCUGAUAUUGAAGUCGGUGAUUUGUCCGAUGAAGACAUUUUUCCCAAUGCUGAGGCUGCAGAUGAUAAUUGGACAGAUGACUUCAGUCCAUUGAGGCUGCUUCAGUCCAUUGUGGGGCAUACGAAUGGUUACUUCGAUUUGAAGAUGGCACAGCUGGACUUACCAACAGACCUUAGACGGCAGGACACAACUGAAGAAGAGAUGAGGGCAUUCCUGGCCAUCAACAUCCUGAUGGAUAUCAACCAGCUCCCCAAUGCCAAGAUGUUCUGGUCGUCCAAUCCCUUCAUCAACACUGCUGGAAUCACCAACACCAUGAAAUGCAACAGGUUCCAGAAGCUGGUGCAGUACUUCCAUGUUGAGGACUGGUCGACUGAGCCAGGAAGGGGAGAGCCCGGAUACAACAAACUCUUCAAGGUGAGACCUGUCAUGGAGAGCGUCAGCCGGACAUUCCAGGACAUCUACACACUCAACAAGGAGGUCUCCAUUGACGAGGCCAUGAUUGCGUUUACCGGCCGCAUCAGCUUUUAG